AUUCGAACUCGGGGCUGAAGAGGAGUUUCAAAAGCAGGCGCUCCCUUUGCUCCUGCAUCCAUAUGCAUUUUGAACCUGUCAAAACCAUUUGAACAGCCAAUACUCGCAAAUCUUCUCAGUGCAGUGGUAGAGCAGACAAUUCGCCUACAACGCAAGGUCGUUACUCUGCAGCUCAGUGUGUCACCCAAGGUAUCCACAGGCCCGCUGUAUUCAAAUAUUUGCAUUGUUGCGGUAGACUCGCAAGAAUACGACCCGGGCCUUCGCAAGCAUUCAAAAUGUCGCACCAACCAGUGGAAGAAGCUAGGAAUGCAAUGGCAUAUGAUAUGAAACUCCUCUAUCGACCACUUGAGAUGGAUGAAAUUCGACUUGUCACCAUCGAGGCUGCUCAGACCACAGACCGCAAGGAAACCAUCCGAUGCUCGCUCCGUCAUUACCCCUUCGCUUUGCCUCUGUCCUCUGAAGCUGUUCCGCGGUAUGACUGGGGGGACUACAUUGCGCUCUCAUACUGUUGGGGAUGGGAUGCUCGAAACCCGUCUUGCCAGAUCAACAUAGAUGGCCAUCUCUGCAACGUCACUGAAAGCCUGGAGGCCGCGUUACAAACACUUCGUGGUGCACAAACCACAACAACGAUCCCCGUCAAGUUCUGGGUGGACGCAUUGUGCAUAAAUCAGUCCGAUUCGGAGGAAGUCAAAGCAGAGAUCCUCCGGAUGAGAGAUAUAUACGGUCAAGCGGCGAGUGUAUAUGUUCACCUUGGAGCGGAGUCCGAAGACAGCGAUCUCGGGUUCAAAUUCAUGUACAAAACAUCAAAGGCGCUCUCUCAGAGCGUGGAGAGCGUGGUUCAAGAGCUGUUCAACAAAAGAAUGUCAGCCACGGAUCUGGAAAAGAAAGCUUAUAUAGCGAUGCUGAGGCUCUUGAAUCGUCCUUAUUGGCAAAGGGUGUGGGUGUUGCAAGAGAUGGCCAUGAGUCGAGGGAGCUUAACUGUUGCCUGUGGAGUUUCGGAAAUGUAUCUGGAGGACAUCCUGCCCGUAUCAAGAUUUGUGAGUCUGAACGCCGAGAGCAUACUCAUAUUACUUGGAUUCGCGCCAGAGGCGGUGCAGUUACUCGGCAUGUCUAUCACGCUUCAUUGUUAUACAUCAAUGUGGGCGACCCGAGGAAGAAAGGAUCGUACUCUGCAACGAACUGCUUUAGAGCCGAGAGCAAAAUACCUUGAUCUUCGCCAGCCGCUACUCACGCUCGCCCAGAGCGCUCAGGCGACCAAACCGCACGAUAAUGUAUAUGGGCUGCUCGGUAUCGUGCCAGCACCUAUUCGCGACGAAAUGUCCUCGUACAUCGAUUAUAAUCUGCCAAUUGCCACAGUAUUCACAGCUUUCUCGAAAGCAAUCAUCACUUUUACUGAAGACUUGGACGUUAUCUUCGCAAAAAGCUUUGCCCAAACCAUGGCGCCAAGCUGGGCGACAGAUUGGAGCCUGGUGAUUGACCGCGCUACAUUCCCGCACGAUUGGGUGUUUUACAAUUACGACCAGUUCGACGGCGCAUAUGAUGAUUUGCAGAAAGUCAUCGAAUCCUCAUCUUUCUAUCGUGCUGACGGGGGCCGUAAGCUUAAAUUUUCGUUCAUACCCAGCAACAGUCCCGAUCUCCUUUUGCUCAAAUGUUCUGGUAUAUCCAUAGGAGAAAUAGAUGGCUUAGGGCUCCCUUUGACAACAGCACCCGUCCCAUUAACCCGUACUGAACCCAUCCAACCCAAUUCCACGCUCAACCCGUACGGCGACGACCAGGCCGUCGCUCGUGCUCUCAUACACACCCUCUUUGGCAACCCUACUUGGGGCGAUACGGUUGGCGCUGCUCUCUUUCGCAUCCCAUGGAUUGCACAGCGAGAAAAUCCGGUCGAUUAUUUCACAUCGGACGGACAACUUAACCUGACCAAAGAUGACAUAGAGCGAUUCACGCAGUUGCGCGCUCGCGGGUGGGAAACCGCCCUUGGCAACAAUUUCUUCAUGUUCGAGUUUUGGCGACGAACCAUGAGUCAGUUCCGCAUAGGGGGGAAACGCUUCCAGGACUACUUCGAUACAGAGGUUGUAGACUGUUCGUACCCAUCCGUGCGUAUAAAGCUCGAUGUGGCGACGGUGAUGGGCGCUCACGGUUCGCGAUGCUUGAUUACCCUGGACACAGGGCACUUUGGACUGGCGCCGCAUCACGUCGAACGAGGAGAUCAGGUGUUUGUCUUGCAGGGGUCAUCUUUGCCGCUUGUACUGCGGCCUGUUGGGGAGACGGGUCAGUUCAGAGUUAUCGGUGAGUGCUUUGUCGAUGGGUAUUGGAACGGGGAGGCCUUUGAUGGGGCGGAGAGGGGAGGUUUUGAGAUCGAAGAGGUUGUCCUUUGCUGAGUGUACGACAACGCAAAUUUCGGCAAUAUCAAGCGUUAUUCGCUCUCAUUUUACAAACUCUCUGUCAUUGUAGCCCAAGUAGCCAUCGCCAUACUAGAACAACAUUACAUUGCGGC